AUGGAGGCGGCGGCGGUUCUCGGUGAAGGCUUUUCGUUUGUACCAUCCCCUCCCCUCCCCACCCCAUCCAUUAAUAUUAUUCUUUUGAAGAUUCUUCGUUGUCAAGCCGCCAAAGUGGAGAGUGCGAUCGCAGAAGGGGGUGCUUCUCGUUUCAGUGCUUCUUCGGGCGGAGGAGGAAGUAGGGGUGCACCUCAGCACUAUCCCAAGACUGCUGGCAACAGCGAGUUCCUGGGGAAAACCCCAGGGCAAAACGCUCAGAAAUGGAUUCCUGCACGAAGCACUAGACGAGAUGACAACUCCGCAGCAAACAACUCCGCAAAUGAAAAAGAACGACAUGAUGCAAUCUUCAGGAAAGUAAGAGGCAUACUAAAUAAGCUUACUCCUGAGAAGUUUGACAAGCUAUGCCUUGAGCUCCUCAAUGUGGGUGUAGAGUCUAAACUCAUCCUUAAAGGGGUCAUACUGCUGAUUGUGGACAAAGCCCUAGAAGAGCCAAAGUAUAGCUCGCUGUAUGCUCAGCUAUGUCUGCGAUUGGCAGAAGAUGCACCAAACUUUGAUGGCCCAGCAGCAGAGGGUCAACCAGGACAGAAGCAAAGCACAACAUUCAGACGCCUCUUGAUUUCCAAAUUGCAAGAUGAAUUUGAAAACCGAACCAGAAAUGUUGAUGUCUAUGAUAAGCGUGAAAAUCCCCUCCUCCCUGAGGAGGAGGAACAAAGAGCUAUUGCUAAGAUCAAGAUGUUGGGGAACAUCAAAUUCAUUGGAGAACUUGGCAAGCUUGAUCUUAUUCACGAAUCUAUCCUUCAUAAGUGCAUCAAAACACUUUUGGAAAAGAAAAAGAGAGUCCAACUCAAAGAUAUGGGAGAGGAUUUGGAGUGCCUCUGUCAGAUAAUGAGGACAGUGGGACCUCGAUUAGACCACGAACGAGCCAAGUCCUUAAUGGAUCAGUACUUUGCCAGAAUGUGUUCCUUAAUGUUAAGUAAGGAAUUGCCAGCAAGGAUUCGUUUCCUACUGCAGGAUACCGUAGAGUUGCGAGAACAUCAUUGGGUUCCUCGCAAGGCUUUUCUUGACAAUGGACCAAAGACGAUCAAUCAAAUCCGUCAAGAUGCAGUAAAAGAUCUAGGAGUGUUUAUUCCUGCUCCUAUGGCUCAAGGGAGGAAUGACUUCUUCCUGGAGGGACCGUUCAUGCCGCCAAGGAUGAAAAUGGAUAGGGACCCACUUGGGGGACUCGCUGAUAUGUUUGGACAAAUGCCAGGUAGUGGAAUUGGUACUGGUCCAGGAGUUAUCCAGGAUAGAUUUUCACCCACGAUGGGACGACAUCGUUCAAAUCAGCUCUUCAAUGGCCAUGGGGGACACAUCAUGCCUCCCACGCAAUCGCAGUUUGGAGAGAUGGGGGGCAAAUUUAUGAAAAGCCAGGGGCUAAGCCAGCUCUACCAUAACCAGAGUCAGGGACUCUUAUCCCAGCUGCAAGGACAGUCGAAGGAUAUGCCACCUCGGUUUUCUAAGAAAGGACAGCUUAAUGCAGAUGAGAUUAGUUUGAGGCCUGCUCAGUCGUUCCUAAUGAAUAAAAAUCAGGUGCCAAAGCUUCAGCCCCAGAUAACUAUGAUUCCUCCCAGUGCACAGCCACCACGCACUCAAACACCACCUCUGGGACAGACACCACAACUUGGUCUCAAAACUAAUCCACCACUUAUCCAGGAAAAGCCUGCCAAGACUAGCAAAAAGCCACCACCAUCAAAGGAAGAACUACUUAAACAGACUGAAGCCAUUGUGACUGAAUAUCUGAAUAGUGGAAAUGCAAAUGAGGCCGUCAAUGGCAUGAGAGAAAUGAGAGCCCCGAAACACUUUCUUCCUGAGAUGUUAAGCAAAGUGAUCAUCCUGUCACUAGAUAGAAGUGAUGAAGAUAAAGAAAAAGCGAGCUCUUUGAUCAGUUUACUCAAACAGGAAGGAAUAGCCACAAGUGACAACUUCAUGCAGGCUUUCCUGAAUGUAUUGGAGCAGUGCCCCAAACUGGAGGUUGACAUCCCCUUGGUGAAAUCUUAUUUGGCACAGUUUGCAGCUCGUGCUAUAAUUUCAGAGUUGGUGAGCAUUUCAGAACUAGCUCAACCACUGGAGAGUGGCACCCACUUCCCUCUCUUCUUACUUUGUCUUCAACAAUUAGCUAAAUUACAAGAUCGAGAAUGGCUAACUGAACUUUUUCAACAAAGCAAGGUCAAUAUGCAGAAAAUGCUGCCAGAAAUUGAUCAGAAUAAAGAUCGAAUGUUGGAGAUUCUGGAAGGAAAGGGAUUGAGUUUCUUAUUCCCGCUCCUUAAAUUGGAGAAGGAGCUAUUGAAGCAAAUUAAGCUGGAUCCAUCCCCUCAAACUAUAUAUAAAUGGAUUAAAGAUAACAUCUCUCCCAAACUUCAUGUAGAUAAAGGAUUUGUGAACAUCUUAAUGACCAGCUUCUUACAGUACAUUUCUAGUGAAGUAAGCCCACCUAGUGAUGAAACAGAUUCUUCCUCUGCUCCUUCCAAAGAACAGUUAGAGCAGGAGAAACAACUGCUGCUCUCUUUCAAGCCAGUGAUGCAGAAAUUCCUUCAUGAUCAUGUGGAUCUACAGGUCAGUGCCCUGUAUGCUCUGCAGGUGCACUGUUACAACAGCAGCUUCCCAAAAGGCAUGUUACUUCGAUUUUUUGUUCAUUUCUAUGACAUGGAAAUUAUUGAGGAGGAAGCUUUCUUGGCUUGGAAGGAAGACAUAACUCAAGAGUUUCCAGGAAAAGGCAAGGCUUUGUUCCAGGUAAAUCAGUGGCUAACCUGGCUAGAAACUGCUGAAGAAGAAGAAUCAGAGGAAGAAGCUGACUAAAGAACCAGCCAAAGCCUUAAAUUGUGCAAAGCAUACUAUGAUGUAACUGCAUUUGACCUAACCACUGCGAAAAUUCAUUCCGCUGUAACGUUUUUCACAAUAUUUAAAGCAGAAGCACGUCAGUAAGGUUUCCUUCUGCAUAAGGUUUUUGUAGUGUGAUGUCUUAAUCAUAGUCUACCAUCAAAUACUUUAGGAGUAUCCUUAAUGUUUAGAUAGAAUAUUAGCAGCAUGCAAUAAUUACAUCCUAAGUUCUCAAGCAGAGGCAGUCUAUUGCAAAGAUCUUCUUUGCUGCCAGUUACCAUAGGCUGUUUUAAGUUAGAAAACUGAAUAGCAACACUGAAUACUGUAGAGAUGCACUUUGCUCAGUAAUACUUGAGUUGUUGCAAUAUUUGAUUAUCCAUUUGGUUGUUACAGAAAAAUUAACUGUAAUUGAUGGUUGUUGCCGUAAUAGUAUAUUGCCUGUAUUUCUACCUCUAGUAAUGGGCUUUAUGUGCUAGAUUUUAAUAUCCUUGAGCCUGGGCAAGUGCACAAGUCUUUUUAAAAGAAACAUGGUUUACUUGCACAAAACUGAUCAGUUUUGAGAGAUCUUUAAUGCCCUUGAAGUGGUUUUUGUGGGUGUGAAACAAAUGGUGAGAAUUUGAAUUGGUCCCUCUUAUUAUAGUAUUGAAAUUAAGUCUACUUAAUUUAUCAAGUCAUGUUCAUGCCCUGAUUUUAUAUACUUGUAUCUAUCAAUAAACAUUGUGAUACUUGA